UUUCCGGUCCACAUGCAAACCGGUCCGAAAUGAUGCAACUUUCAGUUAAAAACAGAUAAUUCCACAACUAUAUAAAAGUAAUCGUAGCUCGAGGAUAGCCUGUAUUUAUCUCUGCAUCAUCUGUUGUGAAAUCAGUAACUUCUUCAAAGCAGAACAAGAAACUGAUUAAAGAGGGUCAUCAUGUCGAUGUCCAAAUGUCAGCCAGUGGCUGAGCACAUCAAUUUCCCCAAGAUGGAGGAAUCUGUGCUGCAGCAUUGGAAAGACAUAGAUGCUUUUAAAACCUCCCUGAAACAGUCAGCAAAAAAACCAAGGUAUACAUUCUAUGAUGGUCCGCCGUUUGCCACAGGCCUACCCCAUUACGGUCACAUCCUGGCCGGGACUAUCAAGGAUGUGGUGACACGUUACGCCCACCAGACAGGGUACCAUGUAGAGAGGAGAUUUGGCUGGGAUUGCCACGGCCUUCCUGUGGAAUACGAGAUAGAUAAGACUCUGGGUAUCACAGGCCCAGAUGAUGUCAUGAAGAUGGGCAUAGACAAGUAUAACGCAGAGUGUCGCAAGAUCGUCAUGAGGUACUCCCAGGACUGGCAGGACAUAGUGACCAGACUGGGAAGGUGGAUAGACUUUGAAAAUGACUACAAGACUAUGUACCCCUGGUUUAUGGAGUCUAUCUGGUUUGUGUUCAAGGAACUCUACAACAAAGGUUUUGUCUACAAGGGAGCAAAGGUGAUGCCUUACUCAACGACGUGUAACACUCCCCUCAGCAACUUUGAGAGUGGCCAGAACUACAAGGAUGUCACAGAUCCUGCUGUGAUUGUGAGUUUUCCACUUCUCGAGUCCCCGGAGGUGAGUGCUCUAGCCUGGACAACCACACCCUGGACACUACCCAGCAACAUGUCUCUCUGUGUCAAUGCUAAUAUGGACUACAUUAAGGUCAAAGAUAAGGCAACAAACAACAUCUAUAUCUUGAUGGAGGCGCGAGUACAGGCGUUGUACAAAUCAGAAGAGGAAUACACUUUGUUGGAGAAAUUCAAAGGCAAGGCAUUGGUCGGGAAGAAAUACAAACCCCUGUUUAAUUAUUUUGAAUAUAUGGGGGAGGAGAAAGGUGCAUUUCGAAUCCUUUGUGAUGAUUAUGUCAGUGCUGAAAGUGGUACAGGAAUUGUACAUCAAGCACCUUACUUCGGAGAGGAUGAUUACCGUGUGUGUUUGACCAAUGGUAUAAUCAGUAAAGACAGUGCCAUGAUCUGUCCUGUUGAUGCCAGUGGCAGAUUUACAGAUGAAGUUGUUGAUUUCAAAGGAAUGCAUGUCAAGGAAGCUGAUAAACACAUCAUGAAGAUGUUGAAGUCCAACAAACGCCUAGUCCACCAGGGAACUAUCACCCAUAGCUAUCCAUUCUGUUGGAGAUCUGAGACACCUCUGAUCUACAAGGCUGUUCCGAGCUGGUUUGUUCGUGUUGAGCAGGCAACGCAAAGACUGCUGAACAAUAAUUCUAAAACUUAUUGGGUGCCAGAUUUUGUAAAAGAAAAGAGGUUCGCUAACUGGCUGAGAGAUGCACGAGACUGGGCCAUCUCCAGGAACCGUUACUGGGGCACGCCCAUACCAUUGUGGGUUAGUGAUGAUGGAGAGGAGGUUGUCUGUGUUGGAUCUAUAGAGGAGCUUCAUCAGCUUAGUGGUGUAAAAGUGGAUGAUCUACACAGGGAAACUGUGGAUAAAAUCACAAUUCCAUCCAAAUUUGGGAAAGGACAAUUGAAGAGGACUCCAGAGGUGUUUGAUUGCUGGUUUGAAAGUGGUAGUAUGCCCUAUGCACAGGUUCACUACCCUUUUGAGCGGAAGAAAGACUUUGAUGAUAAUUUCCCAGCUGAUUUCAUCGCAGAAGGAGUGGAUCAGACCAGGGGUUGGUUUUACACGCUCCUUGUCCUAUCGACUCUGCUGUUCGACAAACCUCCAUUCAAGAAUCUGAUCGUGAAUGGCCUUGUGUUGGCUGCAGACAAACAAAAGAUGAGUAAGAGAAAGAAGAACUACCCAGAUCCCAUAGAAGUUGUUAAUAAAUAUGGAGCUGAUGCCCUCAGGUUGUACUUGUGUAACUCGCCAGCUGUGCGUGCGGAGAACCUGUGUUUCCGUGAAGAAGGGGUAGAGCGAGUCCUCAAGGAUGUUUUCUUGCCUUGGUACAAUGCCUACAGAUUUUUCAUGCAGAAUGCAGAAAGAUAUGAGAGGGAAGAGGGUGGUGUGUUUUUAUACAACCCCAACAAGGUAACCCGCCCAACAAACUAUAUGGAUCGCUGGAUGCUGUCCUCAACUCAGUCUCUACUCAAAUUUGUUAAAAAAGAAAUGUCAGAGUACCAUCUGUACACUGUGAUGCCAGUGAUGGUUAAGUUUGUGGGUCAGCUGACCAACUGGUAUGUGAGGAUGAACAGGAAGCGACUAAAGGGAGAUGGGGGAGCUGUCGACUGUCGGAUGGCACUGGAGACACUGUUUGGAGUUCUACACUCAAUGAUCAGGGUCAUGUCUCCUCUGAUCCCAUUCAUCACAGAACACAUGUACCAGAAUCUACAGCAUUUGCUGGACCCGGCCUACACAAACAAGCUGGACACCCGCAGUAUCCACUUCCUGAUGAUCCCCGACCCCAGAGAGGAUCUGAUAGAUACACAGAUGGAGAUGGCAGUGUCACGCAUGCAGUCCGUUAUAGAGAUCGGACGUCUCAUCCGUGAUAGAAAUACUCUCCCGAUGAAGUACCCACUGAAGGAGGUUGUGGCUAUCAAUGGUGAUGAGGAGGCAUUACGCGACAUCUCCUUCCUCAGCGAAUACAUCAAGGAGGAGUUAAAUGUGAAAAAUAUCACAACAACUAACAACAAGGAUAAAUAUGGAGCACAGCUAGUGGCUGAACCGGAUUUCAAAUCUCUCGCUGGCAAAAUCAAAGGAGAGGUCAAGAAAGUCUAUAGUGCCAUCAAAUCACUUAGCAAUGCUCAGCUGGAAAACUUUCAGGCGAGCGGUCAGAUCACAGUGGAGGGCAAUGUACUAGAGGAAGGAGAUAUGCGGCUCCGCUACAAAUUUGAUGCAAAGGAUAGCUCAACUCCAAACUGCUAUGAUGCACAUGGAAAUAAAGAUGUGUUGGUGUUACUAGAUGUCACACCAGACCAAAGUAUGUUGGAUGAAGGCAUAGCUCGUGAAGUCAUUAACAGGAUGCAGAGGCUCCGUAAAAAGGGUGGACUAGUGCCUUCGGAUGAAAUCUCAGUUUACUACAAGACAACAGACAGCCUCACCGCCAUCAUUAACAACUUCUCGGACUUCAUCUUCAGUACCAUCAAACAGCCUGUUUUACCCUUUCCUAUCCCAUCAGGGUCAAAGGUCGUCGUAGAAGAAAAAACAUCAGUGAAGAAAGAUGAGUUGAUGCUGACCAUUGUGUCUAGAUCAGGAGAUAGCCCUAAGAGUGUGGCCUCCCCCACAGUACAGCCAGCACCAGUGGUGAAAGGAGUCUCACCCACAUGUAGCUACGUCAAUGUACAGCUGUGUGGACUAGCCCCUCAGGAGGGUUUGUCAGGAAAUCACGCUACAGUCCUUCUAGAAAAUCCAAAGGGCAAGACAAUGAGCAGUAGACAAGUUCUGGUCAACGAGGUGAAGUCUGUGUUUGGUGUACGUGGCGUGAAAUUGGUCGUUUAUAAGAACUGCAAUAUGUCCGAGGAACUCCCGGUGACUGGUGAUGUUUCUUCACUAGCUGGUCAGACCCUUUUUGUUGCGGCCAAGUGUCAGACAGGAUCCUCACCAGUGUCUUCACCAAUGUGCCAUUUUGCUAAUGUGGAAAUGAAUGGUGUAAAAGGGACCUUACUUCUAGAGAAUCCUAAAGGGGUUACGUUGUCAGUGGAUCAGUUAAAAUCUCAGGUAUCAGCAGUGUUUGGCCUUGAUGGACAGAAAAUUGAACUUUCUUCAACAAAAGAUGGAAAGAAAAAGUUAACAAGUGAAAAUUGUAAAGACUCUCUGUCCCUUCACUCGAGUACGGUGUACGCUGUCAAACUAUAAAGUCAUAUCUAUAGUUUGAUGAUAUAAGGCAAUCUCCAUGGUAAUUCUGAACAGUUUUUUUUCAGUUUUGAAAAAAGGAUAAUGAAUGUGUUUGUUGAGAAACUGAUUUUGAUGUGGAUGCUUAGUUUCUGAAAUAUGGCUGAUACAUUGUAUAUAGUGUAACAGGUAACAUCAUAUUUAAUGAAAGUGUGAAUCCCUCUAAUGCGUACAUUGGUUAACUGAAAUACCAGAUUAAAAAUCUUUUAUUUCAUAUGUAAUGCCUGAAUAGGUAAUGUGAUCCCUCAAGAUCUUGAUAGACAACGGAAUCAGGACUUCUAAUUUAUUUCUGUGAAAAAUUACUUGUCAUAAGAUAUUAAAUGCUAUAAACCUGAUUGCAUUGUAAUUGUGAUAAGUUAAAAUCAGGUUGUUUUGAUAUUUUGUUGUCACAUGAGUGAAUCAGCCAACCAUAACAUUUAUGUAGACAUGAAUGACAUAUUCACUAUGUGUUAAUAUACAAAACACCAGAUGUAGUUACUUUGUGGUAGCAUAUACAAAACAUUAGAUCUAAUAUGAAUUACAGAAUGUUGAUUUUCAAAAAAAAAAAAAAAAAAAUCACAGAAUUUUACAUUAGCCCAUUUUCUGUGAUAUUUUGUAGUUGUUCAGAUACACAAGUAAUUUUGAAAUGACACUUCCCUGGUAUCUCUACAUUUAAUGUGGAUACAGUUGGAAGGCAGCCCUUAUAAGGUUUUAUUGUACAAUUUGUAUCAACAGACAGAUCUGCCAGGAACAACCUGAAUUAUCCACCAUUAAUUUAUAUACAAUCAUUGUCACUUAUUUAUAAACAAGGCUGGUGCAAAAUUACAAUUUGAUGUGAUGGCAGAAUUUUAAUAAAAUGUUACAAAUAAAAUGAUUUUUCCAAUUGAUCGUUUGGAAUGCAUUGAACUAG